AUGGCAAUGAAUACGACAGUAACAGAAUUUAUUCUCUUGGGCUUCUCUCAGAGUUCACGGAUGCAGACCUUCCUCUUCUUCAUCUUUCUCACUAUUUAUAUCAUCACCUGGCUUGGGAAUCUGACAAUUGUCAUCACUGUAAUUUUCAUGCCUCAGUUUCACACCCCCAUGUACUUCCUUUUGGCCAACCUGGCUGUCAUAGACAUCAGCGAUUCCACAGUGACUGCAGUCAAAAUGCUGUGGGAUCUCAUCUCUCAUACAAAUUCAAUCUCCUACAACUGGUGUAUUGCCCAAAUUUUCUUUUUCCAUUUGACUGGAGGUGCUGUGGUCUUUUUCCUAGUAGUAAUGGCUGUUGACAGAUACAUAGCAAUCUAUAAACCACUGCAAUAUUUGCUUAUUAUGCAUCAAGGAGUUUGUGUAGGAUUGGUGACAGGAGCUUGGCUGGGUGGUUUUGCACACUCCAUUGUUCAAGUAGCAUUAAUACUUCAGCUACCCUUUUGUGGGCCAAAUACAUUGGACAAUUUCUACUGUGAUGUCCCACAACUAAUCAAACUAGCUUGUGCAGAUACAUAUAUUACAGAGCUGCUGAUGGUUUCGAACAGUGGCUUGCUCCUCACACUAAUUUUCUGUGUCUUACUUGUAUCAUACAGUGUCAUUUUGGUAAAGAUCAGAAUGCAUGUCACAGAAGGAAAGCACAAAGCCCUGUCUACAUGUGCUGCACAAAUCAUAGUCAUGAGUUUAAAUUUUGUUCCAGGAAUGUUCAUUUAUGACCGCCCUUUCCAGGUAUUUCCAGCAGACAAGAUAGCCUCCAUCUUCUACACUCUUAUCACUCCAAUGUUAAACCCCAUGAUCUUUACUCUAAGAAACAGAGACAUGAAAGAUUCUAUUCAAAAAUUUAUUAGAAAGAUGAUGUCAUUCACAAUUAAAAAAUCAAAAUAA